GGAUCUCUGGGGCGCGGGGCGGAGCCCGCAGGAAAGGCGGAUCUUUGAGGCGCCGGGAAUAGCGUGCCUGGGCGGAGCCGCUGCAGGAAGAGCCCUUCGAAUGGGUUGGCUAGAACCCAGGACCGGUGCAGCUGGGCGGGCCCGGAGCAGGAGGAGGUUCACACAGUGCAGACUUGUUGGCUACCUCGGUAUUACUCGGAUUUGCCCUGCCGCUCUCAGUUCCUCAGCUCGGGUGGCUCUGGCAGAGUCUGCGCGAUGGGCGACCCGGAAAGGCCGGAAGCGGCCAGGCCGGAGGAGGGUGAGGUUGACUUGUCCAAGGACCUCCCUCAUUGGAACAAGCUUAAGUCGGAAGAGAAGUAUUUUAUCUCCCACAUCUUAGCAUUUUUCGCAGCCAGCGAUGGAAUUGUAAAUGAAAACUUGGUGGAGCGUUUUAGUCAAGAGGUGCAGGUUCCAGAGGCUCGCUGCUUCUAUGGCUUUCAGAUUCUCAUCGAGAAUGUUCACUCAGAGAUGUACAGUUUACUAAUAGACACUUACAUCAGAGAUCCAAAGAAGAGGGAAUUUUUAUUUAAUGCAAUUGAAACAAUGCCGUAUGUUAAGAAAAAAGCAGAUUGGGCUCUGCGCUGGAUAGCAGAUAGGAAAUCUACUUUUGGGGAAAGAGUGGUGGCCUUCGCUGCUGUAGAAGGGAUUUUCUUCUCUGGAUCAUUUGCUGCUAUAUUCUGGCUAAAGAAGAGAGGCCUCAUGCCUGGGCUGACUUUUUCAAAUGAACUGAUCAGCAGGGAUGAAGGACUUCACUGUGACUUUGCCUGCCUGAUGUUUCAGUACCUGGUAAACAAGCCUUCAGAAGAAAGGGUCAUGGAAAUCAUUGUUGAUGCUGUUAAAAUUGAGCAGGAGUUUUUAACAGAAGCCUUGCCUGUUGGCCUCAUUGGAAUGAACUGUGUUUUGAUGAAACAAUAUAUUGAGUUUGUAGCUGACAGAUUACUUGGAGAACUUGGAUUCUCAAAGAUUUUUCAGGCAGAAAAUCCCUUUGAUUUUAUGGAGAACAUUUCGUUAGAAGGGAAAACAAAUUUCUUUGAGAAACGAGUUUCUGAGUAUCAGCGAUUUGCAGUCAUGGCAGAAACCACAGAUAAUGUCUUCACCUUGGAUGCAGAUUUCUAAAGCCCUCCUCAUAAAAACGAUGAUAGAAUCUGGCUGCGGUGGGGCACGAUUUCAAUCCAGCACUCAAAAGGGGGCGAGGAUCUCUGUGAGUUUGGGGAUAAUCAGGGAUACAUACUGAGAUCUGUCUCAAAAGCAAAUACCAACAGCAAAAACAAACAAAACACAUGGAAACCUGUUGUUGGCAAAUAGCGAUCUCUUUUUCUGUUGCUUUGAAACUUUGAGUAUCUCAUUUAAGAGAAUGAGAGUUUAAAUAGGAGGAAAUCCAAAGCUAAAUUGUGAAUGAUUUGACUUUAUCUAAAUGUACUUCAGUUUAUUCACACAAUGAGAGUGACCUAAACACCUCUGUUUUUGUCAUAAGAUAGCAUUAAGAGCAUAUGCUAAGGAGUCAGGUAUGAGCUUCACGCUCUGGCUUAUUCCUGCGUGACCUUGGCAAGUCAGUUAAUCAGUGUAAACUCGAGAACAUUUACCUGUAGAAUUUGUGUAAUAGUAAGUCCCAAAUUCAUGGAGGUGACCAGAGGAUUAGUGUACAGAAAUAGUUUGUUUAUCUAGUACUUUUACCUCCACUACCUUGACUGCUAAUUAAUAUUCUUCAUAAGGUAAACUGCAGUGACAUUGUGAUGCAGUCACUUCUCUCCAGAGUGAGUGCACUCGGGGUUGGAUUGAGAUGAAGAAUUCAUUAGAUAUUUGUGUUUUAAAUGCUUGCAGAAGGAAUAUGAGGAUCUCCUUAGAGAGGUCAUAAUUCUCAUCAGCUGCUCUGAAUUCAUCCAUCUGCAGUAAAGAAAUACUAUACAGCUCUUAGCUGCUUAGUGUGGGAGGCUUGUGGAGUAGAAUCCACGCUACCAUGGUUGGAUCUUGUAAGCAAAGUGGUUCUUCUCUAGGAAUUAAAAGGAUCACUUGCUGGGUACAGCCCGGAAUGUUGGGAACCUGGGUAGGUGGGCAUUUCCCAGUCUUCUUCUCAGCGUUGGUAGGUCUUCCGGGGUUUGGGGAAGUGCUGUGCACGCCAUCCCUUUUAGGAUGCAGUCAGCACAGCGGCUGUCAACACCUCCCACAGCUGAGUGCACUGUGGGAAGCCGGCCUAGACUCAUCCAUACACACUGGAAAUGGACAGGAAGCAGGAGCUGUGAGGGGCAGCUGAACCAUUUUGGAUCUGUGUCAAUCUGAGAAAGUGAUUUAAGGCUGACUUCAUCUUUAUGUCCUUAUCCUCUUAAGUCUCUACACUGUUACAAGGAAUGUUUUUUUAAUGGCCUGUCUGUGCUGCAUUACUAUGACGAUGAGGAUGGGGAUAAGGAUGAUGAUAUGAUGAUGGAAAUGGAAGUCUUUCUGAGGAAGAUGCAGAAAGGCCAGGAGCCAGGACACUGGGCACGUGCCUUUCUUCACUUUCAGGGAAGGAUCAAGAGGAGGCCCAACCCAGCAAACCCUGCUCCCUUCUCAGUAAAGUUGCUGCUACUCAAGCAUGAGGCCUUGAGUCUAGAUCGCUAGCACCCCAUAAAAGCCAUAACAGCACACACUCAUACACCUACCUGUGCACACACACACAUGCACACACACACAUGCACACACACACACACACAUGCACACACACAAAAUACAAAUAAAAUUGUGGCAGCUGAAAUUCAGAGAUUUAUCUUUGCUUAAGUUUUAAUUCUAUUUGUUCUACAACUAUCUGAUCAAAACUUGGGAUCCCAAAUGAAUGCAAGAGAAGCAGGCCAUAAUCCCACUGUUAAAGGGAGUACCUGAAAUGAAGCCUUUUGGCUUAUGGUCAUAUGUUCACCCAGUAACCUUCUAAGCAUGACAGAGUAGCUGUUACUAAGACAUGGAGAGGAGGAGAGCGUCGGAGAAGCUAAAAAACAUGACCGAUAUUUUACAGUCACUGCCCUGCUAUAAUAUGUCGGGCUGUCACAUCCUUUAAACUUCAUCCAUCAUGAUCUAUCUACCUAUUCCUUUAUUUAUUAAGCCAUCACAUACUACUACUGAGGGGGUCGAAAUGUCACAGACCUUGGGUAUGUGGGCAGUACGUUCCCAGGUAUUAAUCUACUGUCAUACAAAAAUGGCUAAGACUUUAAUACUCAGACUGGAAGCAAAAGCUUUAAAAGUGCACAUCUCAAAGUUUUAAAUCCAGCUCUUCCUCAGAGUAGUGACAGGGCCUUUAUCUGAUGCAUGUUAAUAUAGCAAGAAGCGAAGCUGUAUUUGAGGGAAGUCUUAAUUCUGAAAAACUGAGUUCUUAACACACUGUUACACUGUUACUUCCAGUAUUCUGUCCCCUCUCAUUGCCUGCAGGCUGCACAUUUACUUAUUAUGCUUAGUAUUUUGGUUCUUAGAUAUGGAAGAACCAAGUGACAAAAUGUCUCUUUACUGUCUCACCGAUAUCAAAAUAUCUCUCCUUUUUUUUUUAACCACAUGUGUUUCAAAGAAGUUCAAUUUAUCAUAGAACUAUGUUUUUAUAUUUUAAGAUGAUAAAUCACUUUGUUAUAACCAUAGUUUAAAUACAUGUCAGCACAUAGAAUCGUGAUUUACAGGAACUUUGGACGGGUUUUUUGCAGGGCUGAGUUUCAAUAAUAAAGUUAUUUUUAUGAUGUAGAUCACUCCCUGCCAUGUCUUAUUAUUUGAACCUUUACAGUCAUUCAUUUUAAAUUAUCCAGAUUCUACUUACCCACUUUAUUAUAUUUAUUUUCCUUCUUUUAGUUGGUGUCUCAUCAUAUGGUCUGGCCUGGCUCUCAGCCUCCCAGACACUGGGGUCAUAGGUGUGUGCCCAGACACUGGGGUCAUAGGUGUGUGCCCAGACACUGGGAUCAUAGGUGUGUGCCCAGACACUGGGGUCAUAGGUGUGUGCCCAGACACUGGGGUUAUAGGUAUGUGCCACCGCACCCAGCUGCCACUUGAUGUUUUGUGCAUGAAGAAAUGUGUGUUCGAAAAUAAUAUUCAAAUUUUGUAUUUAUAUUUAAAUAUAUUUAUGUCAUUCUCAUAGACUCCAGAUUUACUUUUCACAGUUAAGCAGAGAGCCCAGUGUCACCUCAGAGAUGAAGAAAUUCUAGGUGGUGUACAUUCAGGCAAAGUUAGUUCUAAAAUCAAGUAUCAUGCUUUGAACUCACUGAGCGAGUUGGCUAAUAACUCACAAGUGAGGUAAAUUGUCUGUUUGUCUUGUCACUUGUCUUUAAAUGAUCUGCCCCUUUGUAAACCGCUCUGGGUCUGAAGGAGAAUUUAAUAUUCCUGAAAACCUAGGGGGAAAAGAUGUAGUCCUUCAAAUGAUGUGUGGUUCACUUCUAUUAAAGAAGACCUAUAAAAAGUGCAGACUAGAGGAUGACUGUUUUUUUUUUUUGUUUUGUUUUGUUUUUUAAGAAAAGUGAGUUCACAUUAUUUUAAACAUGUAUUUAACUAUUUUACAACUAUCUUUUGACUUUUUUCAAAUGUCUGGUCACUUAACUAAAUUCCUAAUUAUUUAAACAUGGUGUUAAAAAAACAAACAAACCCCAUGGCGUUCCUAAAUAUAUUUUGUUAAAAUACAUUAUGGUCAGUCAAACCAACUGUGCAUGUAGAGACUCAGUUUUUUUCCUCCAAAAAAUAUGACUUUUAAAAUAAAGUUUAUUGAAAUAAA